AUGGACAAAUCCAAGGCUCGUCCUCGCCGUCGCGACCCUCGCGCCGUCUCACCCGCUGAAUCGUCCUCCGAUGAACUCGCCGCGGGCUCCGAACAUGAUGAAGCUGAGCGCCGCAGAGCCAGCUGGACCAUCCACAAGGGAUUUACCCCACAGCGCCCUCAGCAGCAGGACCGCCGCUACAGCGAUUCGGAGAGUACUGAUGAGCUAGCUGUUGACGCCAAUGAGUACUGGCGCACCUCGCUUAACCGUCGCCGCAGCCGUUCACCUGUACGCCCUGCCCUCCGCGCCAGUGAAUCUCAAGAGAGUUCGGAGGAGCCUGUUGAUGCAGGUAUGGACGGCACCAAUGAACGAGAGGCCCACGGCGAUGCUGACGCCUGGUCUGACCGUUCUGCUACCCCGGUUCCUCCCCCGCCGCCUGCAAAGCCCGACCACUUGAACUACAAGGAGAAGUUUGUGAUGCGCAGCCAUCUUCGUGGAGUUUCUGCUGUUCAAUUCUCGCCAGACUGUACUAUGAUUGCGAGUGCAGGUGCCGAUUCGGAUCUUAAGGUCUGGGAUACUGCUACCGGCAGACUUAUCCACACUUUCGAAGGACAUCUUGCCGGUAUCUCGACUCUUGCUUGGGCUCCGGAUGGUGAAUGGAUUGCAACUGGCAGUGAUGAUAAAUCGAUUCGCCUCUGGAACGUCAAGACUCUCAGGGCUCAUCCUCGAAUUUUCAAUGGACACCACAACUAUUUGUAUUCAAUUGCAUUCACACCCAAGGGAAACAUUCUUGUCAGUGGCUCCUACGACGAAGCUGUAUUCAUGUGGGAUGUCCGUAGAGGAUCUGUUCUCCGCUCUCUUCCAGCUCACUCCGACCCUGUUGCUGGCAUCGAUGUUGUUCACGACGGAACCCUUAUUGUUUCAUGCGCCCUGGAUGGCCUCAUUCGUAUCUGGGACACUCUCAGUGGCCAGUGUCUUCGUACCCUGGUCAUGGAAGACAACCCUCCCGCUACCUGCGUGAAGUUCUCUCCCAAUGGUCACUAUGUCUUGGCCUGGACUCUGGAUGGCUGCAUUCGCAUGUGGAGUUACCUCGAGAGUCGCGUUAUCAAGACUUUCCAGGGACAUACCAACAGCAAGUACAGCUUGUCUGGAUGCUUUGGUGUCUAUGGAUCGCCCGACAUCAAGUAUGACCCGCCUCUGGCAUUCGCUGUCAGCGGUAGCGAGGAUGGUGCUAUCAUUUUCUGGGAUAUUGUGAGCAAGCAGAUCCUACAGCGCAUCGAUGCUCACGAGGGAGUUGUUCUCGGUGUCCACGCUGGCACGUUAAACGGCAAGCGCAUGAUUGUGAGUUGUGGAAUGGACAAAACAGUCCGUUUGUUCGAAGAGGUGUCUGAAGAUGGCCCAAAGCCCGCCGAGGGACAUGCAGCAGAAGCUGCAUCUAGCAUGCAGGAGGACAGCACCCCUGCAAAUGACGUCGAUGGCGACAAUGCCAUGACUGAUGCCUCUGGCCUGCCCUCUGCUGCGGCGACCCCGGCGGGGGAUGUGAUAAUGACCUGA